GACUCGGGCAGUCCUGGUAACGAGAUUGGUGGACGACGUGUCGAGUUUUUCAGUGGGCAGAUUUGUUGUAAAGUUUGCCAUUUGGAAAGACCUUUAUUUUUAAGGAGCAAUUAUAAAGUUCUGAAACAUGGGAAGUGCGUUUGCCAAACUAUUCAGUGGACUCUUCGGUAAGAAGGAGAUGAGAAUUCUCAUGGUUGGUCUUGAUGCUGCUGGGAAAACGACAAUUCUGUACAAGCUGAAGCUCGGAGAAAUCGUUACAACCAUCCCUACAAUUGGUUUUAACGUGGAAACAGUGGAAUACAAGAACAUAAGCUUUACAGUUUGGGAUGUCGGCGGUCAGGACAAAAUCAGGCCACUUUGGCGACAUUACUUUCAAAAUACACAAGGUCUGAUUUUCGUGGUGGAUAGUAAUGAUCGCGAGCGUGUCGGUGAAGCAAGAGAAGAACUGAACCGGAUGUUGAAUGAAGAUGAACUAAGGGAUGCUAUUCUCCUUGUCUUCGCCAACAAACAGGAUUUACCCAAUGCAAUGAAUGCUGCUGAAAUAACAGAUAAGCUAGGCCUACACAGCUUAAGAAGUCGCCAAUGGUACAUACAGGCUACAUGUGCAACAAGCGGAGAUGGUUUAUAUGAAGGACUCGACUGGCUAUCAAACCAACUUAAAAAUUCAAAAUGAGGUGGUUAACCAACUCUCAUGCAAUAAGUACUGUAUGGGAAAUACAUUUAACAGGGAUAAUCCAGGAGCACUGGAUUAAUCCUGGUUUUAUUUUCAUAGACUUUAAUGCUAUUUUCGUUUAGUUUCCUGUGUUUAACUGCAUUUUUGUUCCACUGCAAGACAAUUUCAACAGUAUAAAGCAGUAGCAGAUGGGCCCAGGCCCCUACCUUUUCAGCAAAAAUGUAACUUGUUUGCCAGUAUGGAUCUGCUGCUGAUGUAGAAAAAUUAAUGAUAGCAUUUUUUAAUAAUUGUUAUAUUUACCUCUAUUAAAUUCCUAGCACGUAUGUAGUGUAAGGUCUGUCGACUUGGCAAGUCACAUAUUACUGGCUAUGAAAGUUUUGGUAGUUGUUUUGAAAGGUCACAGUUGCAAUCUUGACCUCACUUUGAUCGUAUUUUCUAGUCUUGAUUUAAUCGUGGCAAGCAAUAACAGGAAAACAAUUUCUGCUGGUUUUGGUAACAUAGCAGGUUGCAAUGAAAAAAGAUUGUACCAUCUUUUGUAGCUGAGAAGGGAGUGAAGAAAAUUUCAGGAAAGGGCAAUCUUUCAAUCUCUAUCAAACUGUCUCUUCAGUUCAGGUUCCAUUGACUGGAAGCUUAACUGGAGAAAUGGAGAAGACAUGUCUUUCUUUCUCCUGGCCACAGGAAAUUAUAAGAUUACAAAAGUGACGUCAAGUUUCUUUCAUCAAUUGUACUAUUUUCUUCAAAUGAUAUGCACAAGUCUGUGACCAUUGUUGGAACAAACACAAGCUUUAAUUUUUAACUGGUGAAGUGCAAUACGAAGUUGUAUGAGUUGCAGUGGGUAGUUUAGUUUAUGUAGGAGUGCUUUUCAAAUUGCUUGUAUAACUAGAUUCAAAUAAUAAAACUUGUGAUGAAGAGAACCUUGGAACUGACCACUGUUAAUUAAUAGUAGGGCUUUUGAACAAACAGAAAUUUUACAAAAACUUGUGCUCAUGUACAAGUAUGUGUGUAACUAGUGAAAAUUCACUUAGAAAACUCUUUAUAGUUGCUGAAUGAAAUUGCUCCAGGCAGUAACUAAGACUUUGCUUGUAACCUUCCUUCUCUAAAGACUGGCAUAAGUGAAUUCUAAUAAAAUGUAUUGUUCUCUUUA